AUGAUGAAUUGUGACUUUUUAGAAGCUACGCAUUUGACCUUGAAUCCUCGAUAUCAGUUCCGAUCCCAAAAUGGAGCUGCUACGUGGAAUCUAGUUUCUAUUUUAUACUCAAUCACUCAAAUCCUGCAAAUGCUUAAUCCCUUUUCUUUCAAUAGGCUAGAUUUGCGGGCUCCUUUGCGUGUUUUGCAGAAAGGUAACAUGUCGAGUGAAGUAAAAUCAGAUGCAAUUACUGGUCCUGAUGGCAAGGAAUUAGAACUCGGAUAUUUUGAUAAAGCAGCAGCACUUGGUGAAAAAGAGAAUGUAGCUCAAAGGGCUCGUGAUGGAUUUUAUAGGCCACGAGAGUGGCCAUUUAGCAGCAAAAUAAAACCAACAGAAUAUAGAUACUCAAGUGAAAGAUUUCCCAAAGGGACUCGAGAAGCGCGAUUGGAUAUUGUGGUCCCUAUAGUUGAUAGGAAUGAAAGGAGAGAGCAUAGAUCAGGAAAACAAUCUGGACCUCCAUUGUCUGGUGCAGCAUACUGCCUUUCUUCUUGCAGCAUGAUCUUACUGAACAAAAUUGUACUUUCCAGUUAUGCUUUCAAUGCUGGAAUUUCAUUGAUGUUCUACCAGAAUUUUAUCAGUACGGUUAUAGUUGUUGUUUUGGGUUUCUGUGGAGCAGUUACGAUUGAGAAGCCAAAUUGGAAGCUGAUUAAACUAUGGAUCCCAGUCAAUUUGAUUUUCAUUGGCAUGCUUGUUUCAGGAAUGUAUAGUUUGAAACACAUAAAUAUUGCAAUGGUGACAAUUCUGAAGAACGUGACAAAUAUUCUAACAGCGGUUGGAGAAUUUUAUAUUUUCCGGAAGCGUCAGAAUGGGAAAGUGUGGACUGCCAUAUUUCUUAUGAUAAUCUCUGCAAUAAGUGGAGGCAUAACAGAUCUGUCCUUCAAUGCCACGGGUUAUGUAUGGCAAAUGAUUAACUGCAUUUUAACUGCAAGCUACUCGCUUACCUUGCGACGUGUCAUGGACAAAGCAAAGCAUUUGACGAAUUCUGGCUCUCUAAAUGAAGUUUCAAUGGUGUUGUUGAAUAAUUCAUUGUCAUUACCUUUUGCUAUCUGCUUGAUAUUCCUGUUUGAUGAAUGGGAUUACAUAAUUAACGCGGAAGUAAUAAGGAUGCCUAUGUUUUGGGUUGUUGCAACAGCAAGUGGGCUGCUUGGACUUGCCAUUAGCUUCACCUCUAUGUGGUUCUUGAAUCAAACCAGUCCUACAACUUACAGUCUUGUAGGUUCCUUAAACAAGAUUCCUAUCUCGAUUGCUGGUUUAAUGCUGUUCAAAGUUCCCCUAAGUCUCCCCAAUUUCUUCAGCAUACUAUUUGGUCUAUUUGCUGGAAUAUUGUUCGCUAAGGCCAAGAUGUCCUAA